ACUCCCCUCUCAGUUACAUGCACAGUCACACACAUACCGCACGCACGCACACACCACCACCACCACCUCCACCACCGCUGUUGCCGCCACCACUUCCACCACACACACAGUGACGGCUGCCAGGCGCAGUGGGAAGCAAGCCGUCAGGGAGUGAGCUUGAGAAGAAAGAGAGGGGAAGAGAAGAGAGUUGGAGGGGGCACCUUGUGGAUCAGAAGGGAUUUUCCUCUGUUGAGAGGAGAGCGUUCUCUCUUCAUCCCCCACUCUUGGAAGCAGUCAUUUAAAGAAUCCAGGCCAUCCCCUCGGAAGUGAUCAGCCUCCAGGACCUUCAACUGGAUUCCAGCUACAUGGGAAAACGUUUGGAACAGCAGCCAAUGUACCCCCACUACACCUACUACUACCCCCACUAUCUCCAGACCAAGCAGUCCUAUGCCCCUCCCCCUCCACCCAUGGCUCCACCCAGCCCUGGCAACACAGGAGGAGGAGGUGGAGGUCAGGGAGGAGGGCUAGUGGAGCAACUUAGUAAGACCAACCUGUACAUCAGAGGCCUGCCGCCUGCUACCACCGACCAGGACCUCAUCAAACUCUGCCAGCCAUACGGGAAAAUUGUCUCUACAAAGGCCAUCUUGGACAAAAACACCAAUCAGUGCAAAGGGUAUGGGUUUGUGGACUUCGACAGCCCUGCAGCAGCUCAGAAGGCUGUGGCCUCGCUCAAAGCCAGCGGAGUCCAGGCACAGAUGGCAAAGCAACAGGAGCAGGACCCCACCAAUCUUUACAUAUCUAACCUGCCUGUGUCGAUGGAUGAGCAGGAGUUGGAGAACAUGCUGAAGCCUUUUGGUCACGUCAUUUCCACGCGGAUACUGAGGGAUGCCAAUGGCCUUAGCAGAGGAGUUGGCUUUGCCAGGAUGGAGUCAACAGAGAAGUGUGAUGUGGUGAUUCAAAAUUUCAAUGGGAAAUUUUUGAAAACCCCUCCAGGCAUGACUGCUCCCUCAGAGCCUUUGCUGUGCAAGUUUGCUGAUGGAGGCCAGAAGAAGAGACAGACCCAGGUCAAAUAUCCCCAGAAUGGACGAUCGUGGACACGGGAAGGAGAGAGUGGUAUGGCGUUGACGUAUGACCCCACAGCGAUGCAGAAUGGGUUCUACUCUUCUCCAUACAGCAUCUCCACGAAUCGGAUGAUUGCUCAGACAUCGAUCACACCCUUCAUUGCUGCCUCUCCUGUCCCCACAUAUCAGGUUCAGAGUACGUCUUGGAUGCCACAUCAACAAUAUGUUAUGCAACCUACAGGUGCUGUGAUCACUCCAGCUGCUGCCAUUGAGCCCAGUUUGUCUAUUCACCCCUCCAGUGUAAUGGCUCCUCUAACCCAGCAGAUGAACCACCUGUCUCUGGGCCCAACAGGCACUUACAUGCCUGCUGCAGCGGCUGCUCCUAUGCAAGGAACCUACAUUCCCCAGUACACUGCAGUGCCUGCCUCGGCCAUCACAGUGGACGGUGUGGUGACAGACCCCUCUCCACAGACAGCUGCCCCCUCCUCACAGGACGCCAGUGGGCAGCAGCCUUUACCUGUGGAGAACACAGGAGAUCACGCCACAGCCUACUCUUACCAGCAGACUAAAUAACAGGAUUGGUAGGAAUCAUUGCUGCAUUGCCUUUAGGAGGACUGCACGAAGGCGCUGGAGACGCAGAGUAUCAAAAUGAAACGGGACAAAACAAAAAACAAAAACAGAGGUGACAUGGACAUCACUGACGGGAGAAUGCUUCCACUGUGCACGGGCACCAAAUAAAAGACAAAACGAUGAAAAAAAAUAUCUUUCUUACCUGGUUGAACUAAGAAAAAGACAGAAGAAAAAGCAAAUGAUGGUUUGCUAGACUCAAAGACAACGAAAUCAAUGGCAGUCUCCAACUUUGAGUUUUCAUUUUUCACCAUGAGACUGGACUUUGCCUCCAAAGGAAAAAAAAAAAACAGAUAAGGGGACAUAAAGAGAAAUCUAAAGUCAACCAACUGUACAGAAAAAAAAAUGAACAUUUGAAUGUGCAGGUAGAUUUUCAGACUUUUUUAUUAAAAAUAGAAGGAAGCCAAGUCUUGAACAAAAACGGGCUGUCUUCCUUUGAUAUUAAGCUACAUUAUUUUCAUUCUUUUUAUUAUUUGAGUAGUUUUCUAGAAUAUCAGUGUUUUCGUAAAUCUUUAUUGCCUUAAUUUUCUCAAACUUUGGGAAAAAAAAGUUUCCAAGUGUUGAAUUAUUUAAAAAAAAAAGGACUGAGUUGUUGAAUGAUUUUUUUUAAAGGGUUCUUUGAGUUUAUGAGAGCCUCAGAAAUGAAAUCUACAAAGCUAUCUGUAUAAGACAAAAAAAAGGUUGUAUUUGUAUGAAGGUGAUUUUAAAUUAUGUGGUACAGUGCAGGUGAUGUUGGUUGACUAGGGAAAAAAAUCCUUUUACAACUUGUGGGAACGGUCAGCUCACCGCUUCCUGGAAAUGCAGUUUAGUUCAAUCAUGGGAAAGAAAUUCAGUUUCUCCACCACUUUUUUUUGUAUUUUUAUUUUUUUUAUUGCGGUGCUUUUAAAAGUUUUUCCUUUGCCUGCUUGCUUGUCUCAUUGCAAAAAGAAAAAGGAACAUUUCUGACUUUGAGAAAAAGCAGAGAAAAAAAGCUAGGAUUUUUAAAUGUGCAAAAAGCAAUAGUUUUAGUAAAACUGUUGACAGUUUCUUGAGUCUUUCUUAACUGUUGAACAAAAAUACAGCCCGCGGGUGGCAUAUUUUAUACCAAAGAUGAAGAAACUAGGUUGUAAAGAGAUCUUCCUGUUGCUUUUACUUAAUUUUUUCCACUUUGAAUCUGCUUUUUGGUUUUUGUCAAGCUGUUGCUGUGUGAAAUGAUCAGUGAAUGAGAGCAUGCAGUUGGUCCUUUAGCACAUUUGCCUCAAUCGGACGAGAUGUUUUGUGCAUCAUGUGAUCAAACUACCACCGCAUCUAAAACCCUGUGGAAUCCUGGUGAAAAAGCUGCUUUUUAUUAGACACCCAACGACAUCCUGCCGAGGCCUCAUCGACUGACCUUACAUACCAACGCCGAGACGGCACAGCUCACGAUGAAUGCUUCCCAAAAUACAACAGAUUUAAUUGUUUUGCAUAAUCUAAGUCCAACUCACUGUUUUGUCUGGUUCUUGCCAAACACAAGCCACUGAAAAUGUGAGCAGGUCGAUGAUCUCUGUGAGAGGAAAGGGCAUUCCUGUUGAACGAAAUGAUUUCAGCUUAUAUAUAUUCUCCUAAAAAAUGAGGAGAAUUACUUUUGUUGCCUUUACUUUUUGUUUUUUUUUUCUCUUUUUGAUGAUUAUGUGUGAGCUGCUAAACACUUUUCAGUAUUGGGGAUUGAGGUUGUCUUAUGUUGGGUCUCCAUGGAAUAUUUGCACCUCCAGAAUGACUGUAAUUGAUCAUUUUAAGCCAGAAUAAAGAUGAAAGAAACA